AUGUACACGGAAGUCAAAGAAUUGGUCAACUUUUUGGCUGUUUUUAUGUAUCAACGCAUUCCGAAACGUCGGAUCAAUAUAUUCAUGGAAAGUUUCGCCAAUCAUUUACUUGCAAGAUUUUAUUGUAAUUGGCGCCCUUUUGAACCAAAAUAUGCUCAAACUGAACGUAUCUUGGCAAUUAAAACAAAUGGUCGUCUAGAUGAAAUAUUUUAUAACAUUGCAACAAGUGUUGGCAUUGAUAUGAAUGACCUUUAUUCGAGCUUACCAUCAACUAUAUUCAUUUACUGUAAUCCUGGUGAAGUAACGUGUCGCAUUUCGGAUUAUUCAUCAACCAUAAUGAUUUGGUAUGGCGACGUAAAUGAAGACAGAAUAUAUGUUCCAUUUCCUAUUGGUGCUGCAAAGUAUUACGAUGGAGAUUCACGCAAUAUUCAAAACACCGUUUUUACUGCUUAUACGAAGUCAUUAGCAGUUGAUAAGUUUUCAGGAAAAAAGGAUGUUAGACCAGAACGUUGCGUACCACUCAAUUUGACUAAUUCUGCUGGUAUUAACCUGUACGAAUUCUUUUCUGCGAGAUUUGUCAACAUAGCUCAGAUUCCGCCAGUUCUAUUUCGAAAUAAAGGGCAAAAUUCUAAGCCGUUUACGUUGCGGCCAUUUGCUCCUACGCGUUUCGGUACGCAUCAUCUCCGGUCAGUUCAUAACGAUAUGCGUCGAAUUCAGCAUGCUGCAGCAUAUCUCGCCGUGGCCAGUUCAAAUGCAAUGAAUCGACCUGCAGUUACUCCGUUGCUUGAGAAUUUUUCGAUGAAUUUUCAGUUUGCUAUGAAUGCGGAAGGUAGCAAUGUUAAUUCAUCUACUAUGGUUAAUCCAGUUAAUGUAUCUGUUAUGAGUAAUCAGUACAGUGUGAUGAUACCACUUACCCUAGCAACUUUUCCUCAUCCAGUUAACACCUAUAAUCCACCGCCUUCAAUGACAGACUUCACAAAUUCACCAACUACAGCAUUUGUCAAAUCAGGUCAAACUAUCGGAAAUCCAUCUCCAGUGACAUAUUUUACAUCAGAUCCAUCCAAGCCAGAUUUUGUUCCUGCUGACAACUCGAUGUCGAAUGUUGCAAAUAAUCCAAAUCGCAAUAACACGUCUUCCGAUCAGUUUACUACCACUUUUCUUCCAGCGCCAAAAACUGACUCACAUGAUGAAAACGUCGGAUUUCCGGUAUGCGAUGAACCCAUCAGUAUUGAAAAUAAUUGGUGCUAUACAGUACCAACAAGCAAUAAUGCAUCUGAAUUUGAAAUUUGGAAACCCAAACCUCGUCCAGCAUUUACCGUAAACAGUGGCAAUUCAACUGAAUCAGUAUUCAGAAGCAGUUACAUUUUCGAUUCGCCAAUGUUUCAAGCUCCAACAGCAGAACCAAAUGUUAAUCAGUCGAAUGCACAGCAAUUAUUGGAAGUUUCAAACGAUUUGGAAGUAAACGAUCUGCAAUAUAACCUGAAAAAUCUUUCGUUCUUGAAUGUAUCACCAGAGCUAUCUCCAUCAAAUGUUUUCUCGCCAGAAGCAUCUUCAACGCAAGAAUUCUCGCAGCAAGUUCCUACGCAGAACCUAUUCCAGCAGUCACAGGUAUCGUUGACACAAGUCCAACAACAGCAGCAGCAACAGCAAAUGCUACCGCAACAAGUGCUGCAAUCGCAGAUACUGCAACCAAAGGCAGAAGUAAUUCCACAGCAAGCAAUACCAAUGCAGCCAGUGCCAGUGCAACCGAUACUGCCGCAUCAGACACUGCCACCGAUAUUUGUGCAACACGGAGUGGUGCCACAGAUUCCACGUGCAUCCAAGAAGUCAUCGCCGUGGAAGACAAAUUUUUUGCCGAAUUAUUACACCAAAUAG